AGACUCGAACUCACGGCAAUGAGGUCUAACUUUAGCACGUGUCUGUUAAGUGUUGCCUGCCUGUCUUGUCUGUCUGUCUGCUUGUUCAAUCGUUUCUCUGUCUGUUUGUAUGUCCAUUCAUCUGUCUAUGUGUCUGUCUGUUCUGUCUGUUUGUACUUACAUUCAUUUAUCUGUUUAUCUGUUUGUCUGUUUGUGUAUGUCCAUUCAUCUGUCUGUCUGUCUGUCUGUCUGUCAGUCCAUCCAUCUAUUCUGUCUCAGACGUCUGUACAUUUGUCUGUCUGUCUGUCUGUCUGUACAUUUGUUUGUCUGUCUGUCUAUUUGUCUGUCUGUCUGUCUGUCUGGCUAUCUGUUUGCCUGUCUGUUCAUCUGUUCUGUACAUUCAUUUGUCUGCCUGUCUGUCUGUCUGUCUGUUUGUAUGUCUAUUCAUCUGUCUGUCUGUCUGUUCUGUCUGUUGUACUUACAUUCAUUUAUCUGUUUGUCUGUUUGUGUAUGUCCAUUCAUCUAUCUGUCUGUCUGUCCAUCCAUCUGUUCUGUCUGUCUGUCCAUCCAUCUAUUCUGUCUGUCUGUCCAUCCAUCUAUUCUGUCUGUCUGCACAUUUGUUUGUCUGUCUGUCUGUCUGUACAUUUGUUUGUGUGUCUGUCUGUCUGUCUGUCUUUCUGUCUGUUCAAUACAUAUAUUUUCAACAUUGAAAUCUACAAUCAACACGACUAAGCAACUCUACUGUUCCAAUCGCACAAAUCUCUACCAAACUAAAACUCUUCUGUCUGUCUGUCUGGCUAUUUGUUUGCCUGUCUGUCCAUCUGUUCUGUACAUUCAUUUGUCUGUCUGUCUGUCUGUCUGUUUGUAUGUCUAUUCAUCUGUCUGUCUGUCUGUCUGUCCAUCCAUCAGUUCUGUAUGUCUGUACAUUUGUUUGUUUGUCUGUCUGUCUGUCUGUUUGUCUGCCUAUCUGUUUGCCUGUCUGUCCAUCUGUUCUGUACAUUUAGUUGUCUGUCUGUCUGUCUGUCUGUCUGUCUGUUUGUAUGUCUAUUCAUCUCAUCUGUCUGUCUGUCUGUCUGUCUGUCUGUUUGUCUGCCUAUCUGUUUGCCUGUCUGUCCAUCUGUUCUGUACAUUUAGUUGUCUGUCUGUCUGUCUGUCUGUCUGUCUGUUUGUAUGUCUAUUCAUCUCAUCUGUCCAUAUUUAUUUGUCUGUCUGUUUGUCUGUCAAUGGUCUGUCUGUUCAUAUCUGUCUAUCUGUCUGUCUGUCUGUCUGUCUGUCUGUCUGUCUGUCUGUCUGUCUUUUAUUCAAUAGAACAAAGUACGUACAGAUGGAGGCUAAAUCCUCUACAACACAAUGUCCUCAUCAGUCCAAUUAACUACACACGUGCUUGCUCCUUUACUAAAAAAAAAGUAAAGGCCAAAUGGCCUUGGAAAAACACAAAUUAACUAGCAUCAUCUAAAAGUCUCUCCACUUUCCUGUAGAUGACUCGAGCAUUGGCUUUUUGUAGCUGAAUGGACAUGCGCUCCCUCCAAUGUGUCUUGAAUGAGGAGGCAUUUGUUGUUCCAUAGGCAUCCGUUGAUCUACUUGACAAAUGCUGUAGGUACAUUUCUGCUUGUUGUCCCCAUCGACCAAAAUGUUCCAAGACUAGUGGGACUGCUGUCACUGUUUCCUUACCAAGAAGUCGU